CUGAGGGGAACACUUCUGCCUAAUCCCGCAACAGAUUUAGCCUCCACAAUCAACCGAAGAACCGGUGAGGACGCGGUAAGCACCGGACAGCUAGGGGAAAGGGGGGCACUGAGGAGGCGUGCGAGGGUCCGCCUCUCUACGGGACGUCCCGACUCCACGGAGCGCGUCGGGCUUGUUGUUUUUGAAACCUUUAAUCGUCUGCGUGUGUCUCAAGUGGGACUCUAUGAUUUUGAGGACUUGUCGCAUUAAUGGACUCCUAACCCGAUGAUGACGAUGAGUUCCAUGUCGGACAGCCUGGCCGGCGGAGACCCGUCCAAGUCGGCCUUCCUGGAGUUCGGCGGACACGGGUACCCGGGACACCCGGGACACCCGGGACAUCAGCAGCCGUCGCCCGGGUUGUCCCACAACCACUACCCGGUGCACAGUCUGCACGGGGUGGGGCCCGCGCAGUCCCACGAGAGUCCGUUCCCCACCGGGACCUCGUCCUACGGACGCCCGCUGGGAUACCCAUACCACGGCGGCGUGAGCGCGCACCACCCCGGCGCAUACCUGCCCUAUCAGCAGGGCGGCCACGGGGGCGCGCUGGGCCACUCCAGGCUCGACAGUCAUGAGCACGAGAAGCCGACCGCGGUGAUCGAGAACGGGGAGGUCCGGCUAAACGGGAAGGGCAAGAAGAUCCGCAAGCCUCGGACCAUCUACUCGAGCCUGCAGCUCCAGGCGUUGAACCAGCGCUUCCAGCAGACCCAGUACCUCGCCCUGCCCGAGAGGGCCGACCUGGCGGCCAAGCUUGGCCUCACCCAGACGCAGGUUAAAAUAUGGUUCCAGAACAAGAGGUCUAAAUACAAGAAGAUCAUGAAGAACGGGCCGUGCGGACCGGAGGGAGACCACCUGCACCCCCCUCCGUCCGCGUCGCCGUGUUCCCCGGGGAUGGGUCCGCCGCUGUGGGAGCAGCCCAUGGCGAGCAAGGGGGGCGCGCCGUCGGGUCACCCCGGGGCAGGAUACAUGAACACUUUCGGACACUGGUACCCCGGGCACCAUCAGGACUCGAUGCCGAGGACUCAGAUGAUGUGACGCGCAUUGUGGACCUAUGGAUUUGGAGUCCCGAUUCUAAACCUCAGACUUUGAAUAUUUUCAUUUUUGGUUCCUUUUUUAUGCAGUUUUUUAUUGAUGUAUUUUGGGGCCCAAUGAGUUGUUAUAUGCAGGCCGAUAUGUCGAUAUUUGUUGGUCCACUUUAUUUUAUUUGUCGAAGCACGUCGUUUUUCAGCCUUCUCUGUUUACUGCAAUGAAUUCAACCGCCUUCGCAAUAUCGAAGGAUCAAUUUGCCAAAAUGAAAUGGGCUAUGGGUCAAAUAUUUUUUUUAAAUAAACGCCAAUCAUAUAUAGGUAGCCUAUCUAAUGUCUUAUUUUCCCCAUUUAAAUUGGAAUUAGGCCCUUAAUAGUUUUAUUGUCGAAUCGUUCGACGAUAAACACGCACAGCCCUGUGGUAGGCUAAUGCGCUGAAGGCCUGCUUUGUCUGCGUCAUGUAAACCCAUUUAUUGAUUAGGUUUCACUGUGUUAAAUUAUUAUUUAUUUUUUAUAAGGAAAUAAUGAUAAACAGGUCACACCUCUCCACCCUGAAACAUCUGGAACAGGUAAAGGCCCUGUCCACAUGGUCAAUGAUCUUUCGGAUGACCGGGUCAAUUAGAGGUAAUGGAGACGCUCGUUAAACGGAGCUUCACUCUGACGCGGUAAUUGCGCGUGUGUAGAGAGACAACCCCCCCUCCUCCCCCCGCAGCGGGCCACAAAGAAAAGGGAUUACACUUGACAAAUUCAUUUUAAACAAACAAUAGAAAUUUGAUGCAUAUUCUUUACAGGUUAUUAAAGAUAAUGGAUUGGUCGGUGUGCGGGACAGAGGCCUUCUGAAGGCGCCUCAUAGCGGUACACCUCAGGUGGAAAGACUGGAGAAACAUUUUACCAAAUUACUAACAGGUGCCCUGCAAGUCAAACUGGGUAGCGUCGUUAUUUCUUCGACUCUUUGUCAUCACUUCAGAUUGUCUGCAUACUAAAAAGAAGACCUCUUCAGCUGGUUGUGACCUCAGGCUCAGAAACGCUGAGCCUUCUGUUCAAAGAGAUAUCUUUAUUUUAAUAAUUUAACAAAGGAGGCUGAAGUCUACCCAACACUGACCCCCGGACUAAAGCCCACAUCGUCCUGUCGAUCCUCAGGUAUAAAUAACCUAACACAUGCAGAA